UUGAUAACGGCCCUGAGCAGUGCGACGCCGCAGUGUUUUCAACUGCGGGAUGUCGUCUGUUGGGGCCAAGUCGGAACUACUCAAUGUGCUUGGAGAUGUGAAGGUCAGAGUGCAGGACAAGCUUGGGAUUGUGGAUUUCCCAAUGCCGCAAUUCAUUUUACUUGGAAGACAGUCCGUAGGCAAAAGUCGCCUCAUUGAAGCCCUGGCCGGAGAAUGCUUCAACUUUAUCUCAGGUACUUUGGGCAGCAGAAGACCUACCAUCUUAGAGUUCAGACAUGCACCGGGUUACACAGUUUCCAAGUGGUACGUUCGAGACAGAAAGAGCAACCAGUGGAUGGAGUAUCCCAUUGAGCAGGUGAUGAAGAUCGUGGGAGAUGCGCACGAAGAAUGUGGAACAUCUUGUAGUCAUGAGCCCAUCUACGUUCGCAUUGAGUCCAAUGCAUGCGUUGAUAUGCAAAUAGUGGAUCUUCCGGGCUUCAGGGAUUUUGCCCUUGACACCGGCAAGCAAGACUUAGCCGAUAAGAUUGAGAAGAUGGUGAUGACGUUUAUGAAAGACAAGAGAAAUGUGAUGCUUUGUGUGGAACAGGCAGGGGAUGCUGCAACAAUGUCAACAUUGGCAAAAUGUCGCAAUUUGGACCCAGAGUUCAAAAGAACCAUCCUCAUCAGAAACAAGCUUGACAAGUAUUACAAUGACUUAACACCCGACAAUGUGAGCAAGUGGGUGGAUGGUUUUGGAGACCUGCCUGACUCGCUGGUGCGAUUUGCACUGACACUUCCUUGGUGGCAUGAUGGAAGUCCAAUGCCAAAGCCAUUCAACCAGAUCAAGGAUGAAAUGGAUGCAAGUGACAAGAAUCAAAUGGCCUCAAAAGGCUUGAGCGACAUGUACAUGGACACAAUUGGUUUCAAAAACUUUGUGAAAUUUAUGGAAAAGAAGAUUGAACAGAUGUUUGCAGAAGCCAUCGACCCAGUCGUGUCGAACCUGAAGGACUUGAAAUCCACUGCGCAGAGCCAAAAGAAGGAUCUGGAGACGGAGUACAAUGACACGGAUCCCCAUCGCAUUCUCAGCACAACACGGGACUGCGGCAUCUCCUUCGCAACCGCAUUGACGCAUGUCAUGGAAGGUGUGCUCGAUCUGCAGCCUGUGAUGAACUUGGACGAGGAGCUUCGUGCUUUUCAUCACUACCAUGAAACCUUGGGCUCCAACCAUUUCAGUAUGCUUCCUUCAGAGGAUUUCUGCAGCAUCAACGACUACAUUGACUACCUGAGAAAUGAGAUGCAGAUUGGUGCCUUUGAUGUUGAGGUGAAUGGUGGCGCCCAGUUUCGCCGCUUGAUGAUGGAGGUGGAGAUCUUUCUGCGUUUCUCAGAGAUUGCGGUUGAAAUCAAAAAACGCGAUGUGAUCCAAGCCCGAGGGGUUUCCAUGAGCAGCUUGACAUGGCGGGACGUGGUGGUGAAACUCCUGAGCCAUGAAGCACAUCUCCCGUUGCAGCGACGGGUGGCCUAUGUGGGAGAACGGAUCAAGUGGUUUUUUGAGAUACAGAAAGAUGCAGUCUUGGAGUUCAUGGAGAAGCUUGAAGGCUCGCCAAAUGCCAAUCUUUUUUCUCCUCUCUACCCCAAACAUGCAAAGCUCGUCAAGCAGAAUUUGAUGAUCAAACAUGCCGUUUGGCAGACCUACGAUCAAACCUGCAAACGCCAGCUUGCUCAAUUUGUUGAGCUCUUUGAGAACAUGCUCACCUCCACCUUUUCCAACCCAUGGGUAUUCUUGAAGGGAGCCACAACAAUCCCAGCCAUCUCCGGGGAUCUUGAAGAUGCCAUGCUGCCAUCAUUUGAUGACACCAAGAAUCGAAUCCCCCGAGAAAUCGAAAGCAGAAGUGGCAAUGAGGUGGCCAUAUCUCAUUGGCUGACCAAGAUCCCAGCAGAACCACAUGAGAUCGAUCAAGCAGUUGACAAGGUGCAAAUCCUUGUGCUGCACACCUAUAGCUUUAUCAGAUCUCAAGUGUGUGAUCAAGUGGAGCUCUUUUCGGAAUCCUUCUUCAAACUGCCAAUGAUGAGACGGCUUGAGGAGGACAUGGCAAAGAUUGAGUUAACUCCAGAAGACAAAGCCAACUAUGAGGCAAGAAGACAACGUUUGGAACCAGAGAUCAAGACGGCUGAAGAGAGCCUGGUUGAGAUCGACCGGUGUCUUGAUCGCCUGCAGGGCUUUAAGUUGAAAUGUGAUGCAAGAGGCUGAGAAGAAUUUACAAACGCUAAAAAGUGAGGUGACCUGUAGGAACGUGGCACAUUUUGGAAUGGUGCAGUGUCAUCAGUGUCUG